AUGACAAAUCUUGAAAGACAGUUGCAGGAUAAAAAAUUUCUUCUCGUACUUGAUGAUGUGUGGAAUGAAGAACAUGGGAAGUGGGAGCGUUCAAGGGAUCGUCUGUUAAAAGUUGUUGGGAUUAAUCAUGGUAAUGCUGUUGUUGUGACGACUCGUCUUCCAUUAGUAGCAUCCAUAAUGGAGAAUCCUCCUGUGUUUAGGCAUGAACUGAAACAACUGUGUCAAAUGAUGAAUGAUGAUUUUGAGAUUGGAAAGGAGAAAUUGAUUCAGCUUUGGAUGGCUGAAGGGUUCCUUGGGCCAUCUCACGGAGAGAUGGAAGAUAUAGGUGCUAGAAAUCUUAAUGACUUGCUUGCACCCUCGUUUUUCCAAGAUUUCCAAACGGAUGAGCUUGGAAACUUGGUGACAAAAUCAGAGACAGUGAUUUGGGAGGCUGGUUCAUCUAUAGACGGUACAUUUCGUGCCCGACAUCUAAAUCUCCUUUCUUAUGACAGAGAUGAACCAGCAUUUCUAAAGGAUGGUGCUAGAAAAUUGCGUACACUAUUCUUAAGAUUCUUCAGCAAGUCUUGGGAAUUUAGAGGUUUGCGAAGUCUGACCUUGAAUGUUGCUUAUAUGACAGAGCUGCCAGAUUCAAUUUGCAGGCUGAAACAUUUGAGGUAUCUGGAUGUUUCACAAACAAAUAUCAAAGCAUUCCCGAAAUCCAUCACGAAGCUCUAUCAUUUGCAGACCUUAAGAUUCCGUAGAUGUUGGUUACUCGAAAAGCUUCCCAACAAAAUGGAGUAUUUGGUGAGCUUGAGACAUAUUGACUUUAGUCAUACGCCAGCUGCUGUUGGAUGCUUAACUGGUCUUAGAACACUGCCAUUCUUUGAAGUGGGUCAAGAUAAGGGCCACAAUAUUAAAGAGCUGGGAUGCUUGAAGGAACUAGGAGGGGAGUUGAGAAUAGUCAAUCUGGAGCAUGUCAGAGACAAAGAAGAAGCUAAGGGUGCAAGCCUGUUUGGAAAAACAAAGAUUAACACAUUGGUAUUGGUAUGGAGUUCAGAAAGAAAAAGCAGCAGCUCCAGCAUCAAUUACAAGGAUGUGUUGGAAGGCCUCCAGCCUCACCCAGACAUACGAAGCUUAGAGAUUGUGAAUUAUCAGGGUGAUGAAUUCCCACGAUGGCUGCCAAUACUCAAUAAUUUGGUGGUGCUGAAAUUGAAAGGCUCUGAAAAACUUCCCAAAGCAGGAAAUCUUCCUCAUCUUGAAAUUCUUGAGAUAGAAGGAAUGGAUGUUGUAGAGAAAAUAGGUAAGGAGUUUUAUAGUAGAGGUGGAAGCGGUACGGAUCCAAUAUUUCCAGCAUUAAAAGGAUUGUCUCUAGUGAAUAUGUGGAGUCUAGUGGAAUGGAUGAUACAUGCGACUGUAGCUGGUGGAGUACAGGUAGCAUUUCCUUGUCUCGAAGAGUUGUACAUGAGUUGGUGUCCGGAGUUAAGAAGCUGUGAUGCUUUGAGUCAUAUAUCUGGUGAAUUCCAUGCCUCUGUGACAUCUCUUAAAUAUUUAACCAUAUUGGGUUGUUCCUGUCUGACAUCCAUUCCAAGCCUUCAAAACUGCACAGCUCUGGAGGUAUUGUCUAUUUGUAAGUGCUACAACGUGGUGUCUAUUACUCUAGAAUUGCAUUCUCUUAAAAGUGUAUUCAUUGAUCGGUGUGGAAAAGCAACUGUUCGAGUUAGCUGGCCUCUGUCCCGUGCAAAUGUGAAGGAUUUGAAAGUCGAGGUCCGCAGGGAGCCUAUCUUCUUUUAUGACGAUGACUCUUUACAUGGAGGAGAAUUGUGGCCUUAUCGUCUUCAGUCACUAGUCAUUAGCUUUUGUAAUUGCUUCAACUCAGUUCCUAAUGGUUUAAAUAGAAGAUUGCAUUCUCUUAUUCAGUUAGAAAUCAGCUUCUGUCAGAAUUUAAGUCAUAUCCCGGAAGAUUUCUUUUGCGUUCUCAACCAACUGAAGGCAUUGAAAACUGGCAGUUUCUCAGAGGAGCUGGAGGCAUUUCCUGGAAUGAAUUCAAUCCACCACUUGGGUGGUUCCCUUGAAAAACUAAAGAUAUUUGGAUGGAAGAACCUAAAGAGUCUACCACGUCAACUUCAACACCUCACCUCCCUUGUGAAAUUAAGAUCUUUUAUUUUGACGGAGAGGAAUUUGACGAAGCAUUGCCAGACUGGUCGGCCAACCUUUCUUCUCUUCAAAGGUGUCCGCUUCUUCAGCAAAAUUGCUUCAAGGGCACAUUUCUUCCUUAUCAUUAAUAGUUACCUAAGAGAAAAUACGGCUGAGGAGAUUUUGAAGAGGGUUGGUUCACUUGCUGCAGCUCGUGCAGCUCAGGGGAUCAGUAUUGCAUGGGGAUUUAAGGGAGAGCUGGAAAAGCUGAUGUCGAAAUUGAUCAUGAUUCAAGCAGUGCUACAAGAUAAGGUUCGAGACACAGCUUACCAAGCUGAAGUUGUGCCGGAUGAGCUUGGUUAUGAUAUUAUUCAACGGCAGCUAGAGACUCGAGACAGUAUGAAAGGGAAGGCAUGUAGCUUCUUCUCUCUCUCCAACCCAAUAGCAUUUGGUCUGAGGUUGACCCAAGAACUUCAAAAGAUCGAUGAGUGCUUUGAUACUCUUUUCUUUGUCCUCUCAGAAGUUGUCGAAGGAAGAGGUGAUGAUGUCUCUAAAAUUAUUAACUUGUCGAUUCGUUCUUGCAGCCAACGAGUUCUUUCUGUCAGUCCUAUAGUGGGAAUGGCCGGGCUCGGAAAGACUACUGUAGCAAAAAUGUGCAUGGUGCACCGAGAAGUUAAAGACAGAAAACUUUUUGAUGUAACAUUUUGGAUUUGUGUUUCUGAUAGUUUUGACGAUGAAAGCAUUUUACGAGAAAUGCUGCUAACUCUUGAUAAAAACACUCAUAGAAUAACUGGAAUGGAUGCAAUAAUGACACAUCUUCGAGAAGAGUUAGAGACUAAAACAUUUCUUCUUAUACUUGAUGAUGUGUGGAACGAAGAACAUGGGAAGUGGGAGAUUUUAAGGGAUUGUCUAUUAAAAAUUAGUGGAAAUAAUAGGAAUGUUGUUGUUGUUACUACUCGUAGUAGACUAACAGCAUCAAUAAUGGAGAGUCAGUCGACUGCAUGUAGUCAUGAGCUGAAACAACUAUCAAAUAAUGAAUAUUGGUCAAUUAUUAGUGAAAUAGUGUCCAGAAAUGGAGAGUCUAUUCCUUCAGAAUUGGAGGCUAUCGGAAUAGAUAUUGCAAAAAAGUGUGGAGGGGUGCCUGUAGUUGCUAGAGUUUUAGGUAGUAUGUUGUUUUGUGAAAAGGACAAGGAUAAAUGGAGUUCAAUAAGAGACAGUGAUGCUGUUGAGAUGUCAAGAAACUAUAUCAAAGUUUUACAAAUAUUGAAAUUAAGUUUCGAUCAUUUGCCUUCUGCUUCUCUGCAACGCUGUUUUUCUUAUUGUUCUAUUUUUCCUAAAGAUUUUGAGAUUGAAAAGGAAAAACUGAUUCAGCUUUGGAUGGCUGAAGGGUUGCUUGGGUCAUCUGUUCAUUGGGAGAUGGAAGAUGAAGGAGAUAGAAACUUUAAUGUCCUGCUUGCACGUUCGUUUUUCCAAGAUUUCCAAACGGAUGAGCUUGGGAAUGUAAUCUGUUGCAAGAUGCCCAAUCUUGCGCACGAUCUAGCUUUGAUGGUGACAAAAUCGGAGACAGUGAUUCAGAAGCCUGGCUCAGCUAUAGACGGUACAUUUUUCAGACAUCUAAAUCUCAUUUCUUCUGAUGAGAGAAAUGAACCAGCAUUUCUAAUGUAUGGUGGUAGAAAAUUGCGUACAUUAUUCUCAACAUUCCUCAACAAGUCUUGGGAUUUUAGAGGUUUGCGAAGUCUGACCUUGAAUGAUGCUCGUAUGACUGAAUUGCCAGAUUCAAUUUGCAGGCUGAAACAUUUGAGGUAUCUCGACAUUUCACGAACAGAAAUCAAAGCGCUUCCAAGAUCCAUCACGAAGCUCUAUCAUUUGCAAACCUUAAGAUUCAGCGACUGCGGGUUACUCAUAAAGCUUCCCAACAAAAUGGAAUAUUUGGUGAGCUUGAGACAUAUGGAUUUUAGUCAUAUGCCAGCUGAUGUUGGAUGCUUAACUGGUCUUCGAUCACUGCCAUUCUUUGAAGUGGGUCAGGAUAAGGGCCACAAAAUUGAAGAACUGGGAUGCUUGAAGGAACUUAGAGGGAGGUUGAGAAUAGUCAAUCUGGAGCAUGUCAGAGACAAAGAAGAAGCCAAGGGAGCAAACCUGUCUGGAAAAGAAAAUAUUAACACAUUGGUAUUGGUAUGGAGUUCAGAAAGAGAAAGCAGCAGCUCCAGCAUCAAUUACAAGGAUGUGUUGGAAGGCCUCCAGCCUCACCCAGACAUACGUAGCAUAGAGAUUGAGAAUUAUCAGGGUGAUGAAUUCCCACCAUGGUUUUUGAUGCCAAUACUCAAUAAUUUGGUGGUGCUGAAAUUGAAAGGCUGCAAAAAACUUCCUCCAGCAGGACAUCCUUCUCAUCUUAAAAUUCUUGAGAUAGAAGGAAUGGAUGUUGUGGAGAUAAUAGGUGAGGAGUUUUAUAGCAGUGGUGAAAUGGAAGUAGCAUUUCCUUGCCUGGAAGAGUUUAACAUUAAUAGGUGUCCCAAGUUAGAAAGCAUUCCAUCCGUGAGCCAUCUUUCAUCAAAACUUGUGAGAUUGACAAUCAGAGACUGUGAUGCAUUGAGUCAUAUAUCUGGCGACUUCCAAGCCUCUGCGACAUCUCUUAAAUAUUUAACCAUAAGGCGUUGUUCCAAUCUGUCAUCCAUUCCAAGCCUUCAAAGCUGCAUAGCUCUGGAGGCAUUGUCUAUUUCUACGUGCUACAAUCUGGUAUCGCCUAUUAUUCUAGAAUCGCGUUCUCUUACAAGUGUAUUCAUUGGUUGGUGUGGAAAAGCAAGUGUUCGAAUUAGUUGGCCACCAUCCUACGCAAAUAUGAAGGAAUUGAACAUCGAGAUCUGCGGGGAGAUUAUCUUCUUUGAUGAUUCACGUGGAGGAGAAGUGUGGCCUUCUCGUUUUCAAUGACUAGUCAUUAGAUGCUGUGAUCAAUUCAAGUCAGUUCCUGAUGGUUUAAAAAGAAGACUGCAUUCUCUUGUUCGAUUAGAUAUCAGCUGGUGUCGAAAUUUAAGUCAUAUUCUGGAAGAUUUCUUUCGCGGCCUCAACCAAUUGAAGGGAUUGAAAAUUGGUGGUUUCUCGCAGGAAUUGGAGGUAUUUCCUGGAAUGGAUUCAAUCCAACACCUAAGUGGCUCCCUUGAAGAGCUUAAGAUAAUUGGGUGGAAGAAACUGAAGAGUCUACCACAUCAACUUCAACACCUCACCUCCCUUACGAAAUUAAAGACCUAUGGUUUCAACGGAGAGGGAUUUGAGGAAGCAUUGCCAGAUUGGUUGGCCAACCUUUCUUCUCUUCAAGAGCUUACAAUUUGGGAAUGUCAGAAUCCCAAGUAUCUGCCAAGUUCAACAGCCAUGCAACGCCUCUCCAAACUAACACGUCUGAUAAUUAGGAGCUGUUCGCUUUUGAAGCGAAAUUGCACAGAGGGCAGUGGGUCUGAGUGGCCCAAGAUUUCUCAUAGCCCACCUAUCGAUUUACCAUAGUGAGGAAUAAGCGCAACUCACCCAAUUAAAUAAAUAGCAAGGGAGCACAAUCUUACUACCAAUUUCCUCAGAAACGGCAGAUGAAGAUCUAGUGCAAAAGAAACAAGGGCUCGGUGCUGCGCAGCCAGCCCCUCGCUUUGAUUUUUGACAGUAUAUUUUAAGGAGAAACACAGUUUCUUGUUCAGUCAACCAAACAAGCGCGGUUCAUUUCACGAGCAACCGAUCAAGAAACCUUCAAUUGUGCAUCCCUCUGACAUUUUAAGGAAACGUCUCAGCCUGUAUAAGGGUUUAAUCAUCUGGGGUUUUUUGAUUGCACAGAAUAGUUUGGAAGCUUCUGGUGGACCAAAUGGUGGAAGAUGGUCUUUUAUGGUGAUCCUUUAUGAGAUGGAUUACUAGCCCAACCAGACGAAAGCAUUUCGAGGCUGGCAAGGACAAGGGGAAGAGCCUGAUGUAGGGGACUCGGACUGGAUAAAGCAAGAGCAGCUUUUUGUUAGGGUAGCUGAAAGAAGGAGACCAGAACUAGAUGCCAAAGAAGCCCAAAAAUCAGGCCUAUGUUUUCAGAAAUGCGAGUUGGAAAAGGAGGAGAUACGUGCAAUUCUUUUGAGUUUUGCUGAACCAGUUCUUAUUGUGGGAUUAUGUGGACAAAGAAACAAUGCUGCCAAGUAACUCUAGCAACUCAGAGAUUCAGUGUGAUGAAGGAUUUGCUGCUCUUAUUUGAAACAACUUCUGAUUUGAUUGCUCACUAAGCUGGUUUUUUUUUUGCAUAAGAAGCAGAAGAAUAGAGGUUCAUGCACGGAUGCGCAUUGCUUCAUUUG